UUGAAGUUGAACCUGUAAAAUAUCUCAAAAACCCAACACCCUUUUCCGGCGUCAAAAUGUCGUCGUUUAUAGCGGAUUUCCUCCAUCAGGCUGGUGGCACCGCCGUCAUUGACGGAGGUCUGGCGACGGAGCUGGAACGCCAUGGCGCCGAUCUCAACGAUCCGCUUUGGAGCGCCAAAUGCCUCCAUUCCUCCCCUCACCUCAUUCGCGAGGUACACCUUGAUUACUUGGAAAAUGGUGCAGACAUUAUAAUCACAGCAUCUUAUCAAGCCACCAUUCAAGGUUUUAAAGCGAAGGGCUUUUCUAAUGAAGAAAGUGAAGCCUUGCUCAGAAGAAGCGUUGAAAUUGCUUGCGAGGCCCGCGAUGUGUAUUAUGAAAGAUGUGCUGCAUUCUCUUCGGGUGGUGGGGCUGAUGGUAGAAUCCUCAAACAACGCACUAUCCUAAUUGCAGCAUCAGUGGGGAGCUAUGGAGCUUAUUUGGCUGACGGAUCAGAGUACAGUGGGGAUUAUGGUGAUGCUAUGACAUUGGAAACUCUUAAAGAUUUUCAUCGGAGAAGAGUUCAAAUUUUAGCAGGUUCAGGUGCUGACCUACUUGCUUUUGAGACAGUGCCAAAUAAGCUUGAAGCUCAGGCUUACGCAGAGCUUCUGGAAGAAGGGGACAUAAAGAUUCCAGCAUGGUUUUCUUUUAACUCUAAGGAUGGAAUUAAUGUUGUUAGCGGUGAUUCUUUACUGGAAUGUGGCUCCAUUGCUGAAUCAUGCAACAAAGUUGUUGCUGUUGGAAUCAACUGUACCCCACCUAGAUUUAUACAUGGUCUGAUAGUAUUGCUUAAGAAGGUAGAGCCUCAGGUGACUACAAAACCAAUUGUUAUAUAUCCAAACAGUGGGGAAACUUAUGAUGCUGACGUAAAGGAGUGGGUGCAAAAUACUGGUGUUACAGAUGAAGAUUUUGUCUCGUAUGUAAAUAAAUGGUGUGAGUUAGGGGCUUCCCUUGUAGGUGGCUGUUGCAGAACAACCCCAGCUACUAUUAGAGGGAUAUACAGGAUACUCUCCAGCAAUCAAUCUUCUACUUUUGCCACUAAGUGACUGCCCUGUCUUCAGAAAGGAGGCCAAUGCGCAAAUCAAUCUAAUUUACAUGUUAAAGAAGGCUGGCAGCUGCACGGGGUCAUGUUUUCUUCUUUGGACUGAAAUGGGAAGAUUAAUGGCUAAUUUGUGAGCUAUCCCUUUUGCAUUAUUGGUCAAUGCAACUUGGAGCUAGCAGCCUGAGAAUUGCAGUUUGUGCACUUGACAUUUAAAGAUCAAGGAAAAGAUAUGUUUGUGCU